AUGCCGGCAGUGAAGCUUCCUGUGCGCGGAUCCGGAUCCAUCUUUACUGCCGGAUGGGACCUGCGGACAUUUACUGCUUUUGGAAUUGUUGGUUUUGCUAAUACGCUUCUUCCCUACAUCGUCUUCUCUAGCCUCUAUCUAAUUGUACCCUUUUCACUGCCUGUUGUAUUGCUCAUAGAGCUGCUUCCUGCUAUUGCGGUCAAGCUUCUCAUUCCACAUAUCUUGCACUACACACCACACUGGAUCUGGCUGGCUCUGCUUUCAAGCUGCUGGAUCUUGGCCACAAUUGCCGCCAAUGCCGCUCCUCCAAAUGUUAUCGCCCCUAUCCGCACUUUGAUCGCCGUCCUUGUUUCAGCAAAUACCGCAGUUGCUGAGGUUUUCUUUUUGAGCCAGCUAUCUCACUAUGGCAAGACGGCUCUGGCAGGAUGGGGAACGGGGACCGCAGCUGGAGGUGCAAUGCGCGCUGUUCUACCAACAAUAUUGACGAUCCACAUGGGUCUUAUGAUGCGCAAUGCUACGGGCUAUGCCUACUACAUGCUGUUGGCCAUGAUGGUUACCUAUUUCCUGGUGUUGCCGACCCCUCUAUGCCAUGAGCCAGACACUAUGACAGCUGAUAAGUUGAGCGGCGAAGAUGACGCUGAAUCUGAAACAGAAAGUCAGAAACUCUUACUGCUUUCUGCGGAAAUCCGCUCCAAAUCAAUCGGCUUUUGGGAGCGCGCCCAUCGCAACAUACAGCUGAUGAGCAGUAAGCUCCUUCGGCUGUGUAUAGACCCGCUUCUCCUUGUUGCAGCAGUGCAGGCUCUUGUGUCUUCAGGAACACCUCGUGCCAGCCGCUCGUUACGGAUUUUCUCAGGAUAUUCAGCAUUUUCGGCAACAUAUGGUCUUGCGUUUCAGAUUGGAGAUCUUAUAGCUCGCUCAACCGCGCUUUUGUUUCGAACUAGAAGACCGAGACUCAUCUUUGCCCUAUUAGUCGUUUGUUGCCUCGCUGCCAUCCUCAACACCUCACUUAUGCUAAGUACAAACACAUACGUUGUAUUUGGCCUCAUAUCCUCCAUUGGUUGGCUUAGCGGAAUGAUGUAUAUGAAUAUAUAUGGGGCUGCGAUGGAAUAUCUGAGUAGGAAUCCAGACGCCGACGCAGAAUUUGCUCUUGGAUGUAUUGGGGUUGGAGAGACUGCAGGAAUCCUGAUUGGAUCGCUUGCUGCUGUUACAUUUGAAUCACAGCUCUGUGGGCUUGCUAGUCGAAGCGGACGAUGGUGUUCCACUAUUACAUAG